AUGGCAGUCAUUAACGAAAGUCACCCUGAAGAGUUUAUCCUACUAGGUUUUGCUGACUGUCCUUGGCUAGAGUUUCCUAUAUUCAUUAUUGUUCUAAUGACAUACCCCGUGGCCAUGUUAGGAAACAUCACCAUCAUUCUGGUGUCCAAGUUAGACCCCCGUCUCCACAGUCCCAUGUAUUUUUUCCUCACCAACCUCUCCUUUCUGGACAUAUGCUAUACCACAAGCAUUGUACCUCAGAUGCUGUUUAACUUGGGAACUUCUAACAAGACCAUCAGCUAUGUGGGGUGUGCAGUUCAACUUUAUAUAUUCAGCACAAUGGGAAUCACAGAAUGUCUUCUCCUGGCUCUCAUGUCUUUUGACCGCUAUGCAGCCAUCUGCAGACCUCUGCACUACACCCUCAUCAUGAAUCGGCACAUCUGUAUCCUAUUAGUGUCCACUGUAUGGCUGUGUGGAAUUACUUAUUCUGUUGUAGAAGUCACUCUCACAUUGCAGUUGCCACUGUGUGGCAUCAAUAAACUGGAUCACUUGUUUUGUGAGAUGCCAGUUCUGAUAAAGACUGCCUGUGGGGAAAAGAAGACUAUUGAACUCUCACUAUCUUUGGUUUGUAUAUUUUUAGUAGCUGUUCCUCUGUGUUUAAUUCUUGCCUCUUAUGCUAGUAUCGGACAUGCUAUACUUAAGAUCAAAUCUUCUGAAGGAAGGAAAAAGGCCUUUGGGACAUGCUCCUCUCAUCUUAUUGUAGUUUUCUUAUUUUAUGGCCCAGGUAUUAGCAUAUAUUUUCAGGCCCCCUCUUCCAUCUCAAAGGACCAGCCCAAGUUCAUGGCUCUCUUCUAUGGAGUAGUGAUUCCUACACUCAACCCCUUCAUCUACACCUUGAGAAAUAAGGAUGUGAAGGGGGCAUUAAGCAAGCUGGUGAGGAGCAUUUUUUGUUCCAAAUGA